CGAGCUCAAAAAGCAGCUUUGACUCUCACGCCAACAGCGCUUGAACGUGUUCGAUCUUUACUCGAUGCAAGUGGCGGACCAAAGUUAUUACGGAUUGGGGUACGUAAUAAAGGUUGUGCUGGAAUGAGUUAUCAUUUGGAAUACGUCACUCCAGAUCAAGCAGGCAAAUUCGAUGAGCGAGUGAAACAAGAUGGCGUUGAAGUUUUGAUCGAUAGCAAAGCUUUAUUCAGUAUCAUUGGAUCAGAGAUGGAUUGGCAAGAAGAUCGCCUCUCGGCCAAAUUCGUAUUUAAUAAUCCCAACGUCGUCGAAGCUUGCGGAUGCGGAGAGAGU